GUGGAUUGGAACGUAAGGAGUGAACGAGUGAGUGAUAGAACGAACUGUUGAAUGAACGAUGUGUGAACGAGAGAGUAUGAUGACGAGUAUCAGAGCGUGUGAAAGAGAUAGCAAAACGCCAUGGGCGGAUUUUGAAUUGUUACCGGUGAUUCAAGGAGACUGAUUUGGGACGUACGAUGUGCGGGUGUAAUUUCUGUGUUUUUUGCAAAAUAUAAGGACUUAAAGAUAUUUUGAGCUGUUUUGUGUUCGCCCGACCCACAGUUUUGGUGUCAGAUGUGGGAACGGCUCAAAAUUAAGAAGACGACGAAUUACGACGAAAAUAUGACGAUUUGAAGACUUGACCUUGACGAAGACGCUACCAAGAAGACGACGAUUUACGCUUAAAGACGAUUUACGACGACGACAACGACGAUUACUAACGACGACGAAGAUGUCACCACGUAAAAACCGGCGGAGGCAAGACGACGACGAGCUCGCGGCAAAUACGUGGCAUGGCGCCGGCAGCGGUAUGUUGCAUCUCACCGAAGGCCUCGUACCGAAGUUUACCGGUCAGGACAAGACCUACCCAGCGGCUAGGUGGGUCCAGGACGUUGAAGACAGUACGGAGCUCUGCGGAUGGACCCCAUUACAGCAGUUGCUGAUGGCAAGACGUUCGCUGGCGGGAACGGCUUUACUAUGGUUCCGGGCGGAGCGAAUAUUCAAGACUUGGGAUGAAUUUAAAGCUGCAGUUCUAAAAGAGUUUCCUGAUACGAUUGAUAUUAAGACGAUACACGAGUUGAUGAGCUCCAGGUACAAGAAACCGAGUGAGUCCUGCCUAGAAUACAUGUUUACAAUGAAAGAAUUGGGAAAACGCGGCAAGAUGCCCGACUACGUAGCGAUAAAGUACAUCGUGGAGGGAAUAAGAGACCAAGAAGUUAAUAAAAUCAUGUUGUACGGCGUGAGUACCUAUAGUGACUUAAAAGAGAAGAUUAAAAUAUACGAGCAACUAAAAGAAAAUAUGUCUGGUUCGAGCAAUAAAGAAAAAGAAGCUAAGUCGAAGUACGUAGAUCACGAGAAGUCAAACAGGCGGCAGGCGUUUACAAGAUGUUUUAGCUGUGGAGAAAUGAGCCAUUCAUCGACCGAGUGUCCACAUAAAGACAAGGGUUUAAAAUGCUUCAGGUGCAAUUCUUUUGGGCAUAUUUCAUCACAGUGUAAAACGCCACAAGCCACAAAUUCAAAUUCACGCGGCAAGGACGACGGAAACGCAGCGGCGAACAGCAGUGAAGUUGGCAACACGAAAAAACUUCACUCGAGUAACGCCGGUGGCGCCGCCAGCGGCGGGAAAAGGAGUUUCAUGUGUCACGCGAAUGUCACGAACUUCACUUCGGACGGCGACAAUGACGUUAGCUGCGCCGACGCUGAAAAUACUACAACGACGAACGAUUAUCAGUGUUUAACAACUGUUAUGACGACUACGAGACCGAAAACGAUUAAUAACAAACCGUUGAAACAAAUCUCCGUGUGCGGAAAGGACGAAAUCGCGUUAAUUGAUUCCGGUAGCGACAUAAACAUUCUGACGAUCGAGUGCUACAGUGAAUUAAGUGCGCCGGAGCUUGUUGAAUGCGAUCCCGAUGAUAAUAUCACUGGACUUGGCGGUGGUGUAAAAUGUUAUGGACAAGUUAAGUUAAAGUUGUUAAUUGACGGAUUUUGGUAUAACGACAUGAAGUUUUUUGUUAUUGAUAAAGAUAACCUACCAGUUCAUUUGUUUAGAAUGAUUAUCGGGCAAGAAUUACUGAAACAUUGUACGACUGUGUUGGAAGACGGGUUUGUUUUGAUUUUACCGCGUAUUCGCUGGGUGUAUACCAUACGUGUGGAUGACCCUUCUGUUAUAGGUAACGAGGUAAGCCCCGCGAUACGGGAAAAGGUGAACAACAUGGUGCAGUCGUAUGUUCCUAGCAAGACGAAAGAGGCGCCGAUCAAGCUCAAGAUCGUGCUCAAAGACGACAUCCCUGUGGCUCAGCGGCCAAGGAGGUUGGCCCCGAGGGAGCAGAUUGAGGUAGAUCAGCAGAUAGCUAAGUGGGUUGAAGACGGCAUAGUACAGGUGAGUUAUUCUGAUUAUGCAAGCCCUUUAGUAUUAGUAAAAAAGAAAGAUGGUAGUACGAGGGUGUGUGUGGACUAUCGAUGGCUGAACCAAAAGAUUGUUAAAGACGAGUAUCCUCUCCCAGUCAUUGAAGACCAUAUUGACAGACUGGCAAAUGCUAAAGUGUUUAGCACUUUAGACUUAAAGAAUGGCUAUUUUCAUUUGCCUGUGGACGAAGAAUCUGUCAAAUACACUUCGUUUGUUACCAUGACGGGCCAGUUCGAGUUCCUUCGAGCUCCUUUCGGGCUCUCGAUCUGUCCAAAAGUGUUCACCAGAUUUAUCACAGCGAUUUUCAGGGACCUGAUUGCUAGGGGUAUUAUCCUUAUUUUUAUUGAUGAUAUUAUCAUUCCUGCAGAAAAUGAAGACGACGCUGUGAGCAGACUGGCAGAAGUAUUGGAGGUGGCGGCUGAGUACGGGCUGGAGAUAAAUUGGAAGAAGUCACAACUGGUUCAAAGACAAGUUGAGUACUUGGGCCAUGUUAUUAAAGACGGACAGGACUAA